AUGGUGCUUGCCGCUGUCACCCGCCCGACUGGGGGCGUUAAGAAGGAUCCGGUCCUUCUGGAGUUCACCAAAUGUUUGUCAGCUGUCUCUCGGGCCUCCCGCUGGAGGAAGGCAUUGGCCUCCUUGCAGAGUGCAGCCACUGAGCUCCUACAGGUAGAUGCCUUCGCAUGCAGCGCUGCGAUUACUGCCUGCGACCGGAACAGUAUUUGGGUUGGUGCACUUCGGCUCUUCUGGCGCAUCGGCACGCUGUCGAUCGAAGCCGACACCCCGUGCUUUAGCGCCGCCCUGGGAGCCGUGGCGAGGUCGAACCUCUGGGAGCAGAGUUCGCUCAUCGAGCAGGAGCGGCGAGAUCGACACCUUGCCGCCUCUGCGACGUCUGCAGCGAAUCUGAUCUUCAGCUUUCGUGGCCGCUGGAAGAGUGCCUUGGACCUUCUCGCCGAUCUCCCGAGCCGAUGGGUCGAGGCAGACGUCUUUUUAGGCAAUGCUGCCUUGGCCACCUGCGAGGAUGCAGAGGAUUCCGCGCUGCUCCUGGUAUCCCACCUCCCUGCCUUGCAAAUUCAACCGGACAUCGUCUCAUUCAAUUCUGCAGUUGGCUGCUGUGCACGCAGUAGCAGCUGGCAAUUGGGCGAGCAGCUGCUGGCCACUGUGCGAAGGAGCCAGCACCUAGACGAAGUCUCCUUCAACUCUUUGGCAGAUGCUUUUGACAAAGCGGGGGAGUGGCGCCGCGCCUCGGAAGUGCUGCACCGCAUGCAGAGCCACGAGCCUACCAACAGCAAACAAAGAGGUGCACGGUGUACUGAUGAAGUUGAUGGUGGUGGUGGUGGUGGUGAUGGUGAGAAUGGUGAUCAGGAUCAUGAUGAUGAUGAUGAUGAUCUUGAUGAUGAUGAUGAUGAUCUUGAUGAUGACGAUGAUGAUGAUGGGGAGGAGGAGGAUGAGGAUGAGGAGGAGGAUGAGGAUGAGGACGAGGACGAGGACGAGGACGAGGACGAUGAUGAUGAUGACGAUGACGAUGACAAGGACGGUCACGAUGGCGAUGAUGAUGGCUACCACCUCCAGCCGGACCUUUUCACUGGAAGCAGCUCCUCGAGCGCUGCAUCGCGGGCCCAGGCCUGGGUGUCUUCUUUGGCCAUGUUUCGGAGCACCCGGAGCCUCGGCAUCGAAACAGACAUGGGCAACUUCAACGUGGCCGUUUCUGCCUUCGGACGAGCACAUGACUGGGGAUCA